AUGGACUCAGCAUCACUCAACCGAGCUGCUCUCAAUGAGUUUGUCACUGUCCGAGUGACUCGCGAAAUGAUCACACACCUGGCUCAACAGGCAGCCCAGGUCAUCCGCUGUGAGGCGCAUGUGACCAACACGGUCAACCAGAAUGGCCAACCUACACCACCAUCCACCCCUCCAAUGGACCCCUCUGACCUGCCUGCUCUUCCCCCGAUCGAGACCUUUAUCGCGUCACUUGUUGCUCGGUCGCAGGUGCAGGUGCCCACUCUCAUGAGCUGUCUCGUCUACCUCGGUCGUCUUCGAUCACGUCUGCCACCAGUCGCAAAGGGCAUGCGCUGCACUGUCCAUCGCAUCUUCCUCGCCUCGCUCAUCCUGGCCGCCAAAAAUCUGAACGACUCCAGUCCCAAGAACAAGCAUUGGGCCCGUUACACUGCAGUGAAGGGAUUCGAAGGUUUCGGCUUCUCUCUCCCUGAGGUCAACCUCAUGGAACGCCAGCUCCUCUUCCUUCUGGACUGGGACCUGCGCAUCACCGAGCAGGAUCUCUUCACUUAUUUCGAGCCUUUUCUCGCCCCCCACCGCCAGCGCUUGAUAGCCCAAGAGCAAGAACGUAUCGCCGAUGAGGAAUAUCUCCACAAACAAGAGCAACACCGCGAGUGGCGCCGUCUUCACUCAUCAGCAGACCUACUGGCCAGCCGACUCCGCCGUCAAAAGCUCGAGGCCCGGAGCGAGACGCGUCGCGGAAACGACAACUCUCUCCGCCGUCUCCCUAGCCACGUCUCCUGCCCAAGCAUGCACAACACCCACUACGCCGCACAGAAUAUCGCCGAGCACGAUCGCUACAACCCCUACCAACGCCAGCGUGCAUCCCCCAGCCGAACCACCCGCUCUGUCUCCCCACCAUCCGUCGGCGACGUGCCAGCCCUCUCCCACGCCGAGACCUUCAACUCUCUCUGCUCGCGCUCGUCCAGCAUCGCCCCAAGCUCAAGAGGCACACCAGCUUCCAUCAGUACGGUUUCCUCGAACGGUGCCGACGACCUCAUGCUCGCGGACCCCAACCGCAGCCCGUCAUCCCUCUCACUGAACCACAGCUACGUGGACGUCGCCCACAUCGAAUCCACCAAGUCCUCGGAGCCUAUCCGCCAGCCAUCCAAGAAGCUGAAGACCAGCAACCACGCGCACAGCGGCGGCUUCGUGGCUCGCUUCCUUGCCUCCGCGACCGGCUCUUACAUGGGCGGUCGUCGGUCUCACUAA